GUUUAAUUUUAACUCUUCUUGUCACGUGAUAAAAAAAUCAAAAUGGCGUCUGAAUGGAAGCCAAGAGUGAGACAGUAUCAGUUAGAGACUAGCAGAAUCGAGUGUCCGUUGGAAGACUGUCCUCCUGAAGAACAUCCACUCAAAGCAAUAGUCGUGGAGACCAUACAAGCAAAGAAAGCAGACAAGAAGAGCAAGAAAGAUAAAGAUGAGCCAGCGAUAGUCGACCCACUGAGUACAAAAGAAGAGAUAGUAGAUCCACUGAGUCAGGCAUCGAUUGAUCCACUAAGCCAGGCUAUAUCCGAUCCCUUGAGUGCAGUACUCACCGACAGUGUUAAGAUAGGAUCAACUUUUGGAGCUCCUGUGUCUAAGGAGGAAGAUAGGGAUAUAACUUUUGAGCCAUGGUCAUCAAAACGAACUGGGAUACUUGAGAAAUAUACAACCUCAGAAAAGAUACCAAUCACAACCAGUUUCCUGUCUAACGAGGAACGUCAAAAACUGGAAACAAGAGCUACUGCUGUGAUGGAGGCUGACAAAGUGAAGCACAGACUGGAGCAACUGGACGAUUUGGAAGACGGUGGGCAGCAAGAGACCCUCAACCUCUCACAGAAGGAAUACAUCCGCAAGAUUGACACCAUGAACAGGUCCUUGACUGACGCCUGGCAGAGAGAUCAGCGAGUCAUGUCACUCAAAAUAACAAUACAGUGUUCAAAGUUGUUGGCUGACAAUGGAGUCAUUCAUUUCUAUCCUAGCAAGUUUGUUCUCAUUACGGACAUAUUGGAUAACUUUGGUAAUUUAGUUUUUGAAAGGAUACGUGAGAAGUCGGCCUAUACUCCUCCAAACUCAUCAAAAUCUAUUGAAUUGCCAAAAAAUUUCAGUCCAGAGCAGGUCCCAGAGUCAGCCAAGGAAACCUGUCGCAAUUGGUUCUUUAAGAUAGCUUCCAUCAGGGAGCUUGUACCAAGAUUUUAUGUUGAAGCUGCUUUGUUGAACUGCUAUCGGUUUUUGACUGAUCAAGAGUUCACUCAAGCCCUGAUCCGUCUCACUAAAAUGACACGAGGUAUCGGCGACCCUCUAGUUGCCGCCUACGCUAGGGCCUACCUUUGCAGAGUUGGUCAAACUGUUGCCACUUCUGGUCGAGAAUAUGUUGUAAUUAAUUUCACGGACUAUCUUAACACCUUUUCACAACUCAAUUCUGAUUUCGUUCAAAACAUUUUAGCCGUUCAAAGCCUUGACAUGUCAAAGUACCUAAGGUUGUUUGUCCCAGCAGUUGAGUGGAUACUCCAAUGCGUGGCUCACAAGGGAACUGAGAAAUUAUUGGAAGAAGUCAUUGGUUUGAUUAAAGAGAAGACUUCCAGUGGUCUGGUCUACAAUGCUCUCAUUUCAUCUUUUGAUCCACGCUUCAUUUCAAAAAGAGCACUAGAGUUUGCUGACCUCAUAAAGGACUCUGAGGAAACUGUUGUUUCUAAAUACGAAUUGUACGUGUCACUUGGGAAUUGUGUGGUGAUUGUUGAUCCUCCAGAAAAGCAGAGAAUGCCUUUAUUGAAUAAUGUGUGGAAACCAGUCAUGAAGUUAGAAGAUCCCUCCCAGUACAUUUCUUGUGCUCAAGUUUGGAUAGAAUAUGUCGCCAAACAUUUUACCAGGAAAGAGGUCAACACGCUCCUCGGCGAUAUCAUAAAGCACAUGAUGCCUGGCAAAGCUUUUGAGGAUCAUUAUUCUGAGAUAUUAUCAAUCGUCAAUAAAAUAUUACCUUAUUUCACCGAUUUCUCACAGCUAUUUUCUAUGGACAAAUUCCUGCCCUACAUUGAUUUAUGUCAGAAAGAAUCUGUGAAAGUUGAGGCCAGUAAAAACAUUGUCAGAUCAUUCACAGUUAAACAGACAACUGAUACCAAUGACCCGUUGAUCAUCAAUGGAAUGAUGUAUUUGUGUAAGAUACUACACGAUUCACUUGAUGCUAUGAGUUUGAAUGAUGAUAGGAGACAGAUUAGUGAACUCAUCACGUCAUUUCUAGGAAAAAUCAGUUUUGGACGAGACUUUGAACAACAGCUGAGCUUUUACGUCGAAGCUAGGGCAGCCUUCUCCAACCUUGACGCAGUAUUAAUCUAUUUGGUUCACAAUGUUAAUCUCUUGGCUAUGCAGACAAGGCUACUAGUGAAAGGGAAUCACAAUAGAAAAACGGCUUCGUUUGUCAGAGCUUGCAUAGCUUAUAGUUUUAUUACAGUUCCGUCGAUCGAUGCCAUCUUGUAUCGUCUUAAUCUUUAUCUUAUUUCGGGACGUGUUGCUGUCGCUAAUGGAGCACUCUCACAAGGUGAUGCUUUUUUUAAGGCUGCUGUUACUGCCUUGAAAGAAGUUCCACAAUAUAUGGACAUGGAUCACAGAAGACAAUCAACUGAGGAUUUUGCUCAAUCCUUCUUUUGUAAUUUAUUCUCUACACUCCUUGUCAUUCCAGACAAUCCUGAUAGAGAGCCACUCCUCCUCAUUAGAUCAGCUCUUAAUUCAUUAGAGGAUUAUAAUUGGAUUGAGAAUUCUGAUACAAAGUACAAGGUGUACUCCAGUGCCAUCUGUCUGCUGGCUGCUGUCUGUCAGGACAAGUAUCUAUACAGCAUUGAUAAGGUUGACAGUAACGAUGCAUUGUAUUCCGGAGAGAAAAAGUUUACGAAUGAAGUCGUGUCAUUAGUCAGUAAAUUAUUGGCAGUUAUUUGGAAUCAUAUUAAAGGGCUUACAUCUCCUGAUGAUGCUAAAAGACAAGCAAAACUUGCUCUAGGAUUAUUUGCAAGGCUGUCAGUCCACUCUGAUGUUACUGAUCCUGCUGUGUCUAAAAUGUUAGUCAAUAUAUGGAACAUUGCCCAGAGAGAGAACAGUGGCCUUAGUGGUGAUCUACUGGCAAGAAUUAAGUCGUUAGUGAGUGGGCGUAAGGAAUGUGCAGGACUGGCUGGAAUGCUGGCUGUACCCACGGACACAUUUUAACCUAUGAACUAUUGCAAAUGGUGUUUUUGUGUAGUAUGUUUUUGUUGAAAUAUUCGUACUUGUGUCUACAUUUGUGUUUUGUUUUUGUUUGCUGUUGAAUACAAGUGUAGUUUUGUGUGUGAUGUGUGCUAUUUUGAUUGACAAUGCUCUCUUAUUUGUAUAACACAGACUUUAUAAAUUA